UUUCAUAAUCUCAUUUUCUGACACACACAAAUCCACGCACUCCGUAACUAAUUUUUCUCCCCACCCUCUAAAAACCAACAAACUCUUCUUCAAUCCCUUUCAAAAAAAAAGAAAAAAAACUUCUUCAAUCUUCUCUCCUCUGUCAUUUCUCCCUCUGUUCAACAAUGGCGAUUACACCUCUCCAAUCCUUCCUCCAUGACAAGAAAUACCCCUUCAUCUUCAUCCUUUCUCUCCUCUUCCUCUCCUUCGCUCUAUUCUUCAUCUCCACCUCUCAAUCCUCCUCCUCAUCCUCCUUCUCUCUCCCCUCCUUCACCACCGCUCAAUCGCAACGCCGCGACGAGUCCGCCUCUGAGUUUACAAUCUCUCCUGAACCUGCCGCUGUUGUCGUUGCUACACCACCGCCGAUCGCUUUGCCUGAAUCUACACCGACUGUUUCCGCCGCCGGCAAGAUUGAUUUCGACGGAGAUCUGCUUAAUUUGAAAUGGGAGGUGUGUAAGGGAGGAUUAUCGGCGGUGGAUUACAUACCUUGCCUUGAUAAUUGGAAGGUGAUCAAAUCGCUGAAAUCGAGGAAGCAUAUGGAGCAUCGGGAGCGGCAUUGCCCUGUACCAAACCCUCGGUGUUUGGUUCCGUUGCCGAGAGGUUAUAAGAAUCCUAUCCCCUGGCCUAAGAGUAGGGACAUGAUCUGGUAUGAUAAUGUCCCUCACCCUAAGCUAGUGGAAUACAAGAAAGACCAGCAUUGGGUUGUCAAGUCAGGUGAUCAUUUUGUUUUUCCUGGAGGUGGAACCCAAUUUAAGGAAGGUGUUGCAAACUAUAUCCAAUUUAUUGAAAAGGCUAUACCCAUUGUCAAAUGGGGUCAGAACAUUAGGGUUGUUCUUGAUGUUGGUUGUGGAGUUGCCAGCUUUGGAGGACAUUUAUUGGACAGAGAUGUUCUUACAAUGUCAUUGGCCCCUAAGGAUGAACACGAAGCUCAAAUACAGUUUGCUCUAGAACGUGGAAUUCCAGCUACUCUUUCUGUUAUUGGAACUCAACAACUGACAUUUCCAGACAAUGCCUAUGAUCUCAUUCAUUGUGCUAGGUGCAGGGUUCAUUGGGAUGCAGAUGGUGGCAAACCCUUACUGGAGCUCAACAGAGUUCUGAGGCCUGGAGGGUUCUUCAUCUGGUCUGCUACACCAGUCUAUCGCAAGGAUGAAAAGGAUGUGACCGUAUGGAACUCCAUGGUAGCUUUAACAAAAUCGAUGUGCUGGAAGGUAGUGGCUAAGACCAUGUCAUCCUCAGGAAUUGGGCUUGUGGUGUAUCAGAAGCCUGUCUCACCAUCCUGCUACAAGACACGUGAAAAGAAUGAUCCACCAUUGUGUGAAAUGGGGAGAAAUAUGUCAUGGUACUCGCCUCUUCAAAAAUGUCUCCCUCAGCUUCCACCUGAAGCCUCCAGUUGGCCUCCUCUUUGGCCUAAAAGGCUUACCACAAAACCAUUUAGCCUCCCUUCAGCGCCGAUUGUGGAACAAUCAUUUCAUAAUGACACCCGUGACUGGCAAGCACUUGUGGCUGAUAUUUAUGUAGGUGGCCUUGGAAUAAACUGGUCAAGUGUGCGUAAUGUAAUGGACAUGACUGCUGGCCAUGGAGGAUUUGCUGCAGCGCUUAUUAAGAUGCCGCUGUGGGUUAUGAAUGUUAUUCCAGUCCAUGAACCAGAUACACUUCCCAUAAUUUUUGACCGAGGGUUGAUUGGAACUUAUCAUGAUUGGUGUGAAUCCUUCAAUACUUAUCCAAGAGCAUAUGAUCUCCUGCAUUCUACUUUCCUCUUCAGCAAUCUCCCAAACAGAUGCGACAUCAUAGAUUUGGCUGCAGAGAUGGAUCGCAUUGUGAGACCAGGUGGGUGGAUACUGAUUCAAGAAACCAAAGAGAAGAUCAAUAGUGUAGGAGCAAUUUUCCGUUCUCUUCAGUGGUCUGUCAAUCUCUACAACGAUAAAUAUCUUGUUGGCCAGAAAAGUUUCUGGCGUCCACGUGGUGGUCUGGUGCACAGAUGAACAGCAGGAAGGGACAAGUAUGAUAUUCUAGUGUAUACUUAUUUAUACAAUUUAUUUUAGCAUUCUUUUGAUUCCACUGCAUAGUGCAUAUGGAGAAUGUGUAUAGGGAUGUUCUGAAAUGUUAUUGAUACAUUCUUCUUUAGGCCAUGCUUGGAAUUAGGAGAAUAAUUCAAGGGGUAAUAAAGCUGCUAAUUAAAUAGGUGAAAAUGGUGGCACUUGUAGGGAGAGGUAGUGGUUGUCCAAUGGCCACGGCCAUGGAGGAACUGUCACCCUCUUUUUGGGGUGACAUUUAACAACCACCGCCUCCUCGCCACAGUUUGCAACCUUUUGUUGAACUCCAAUUGUCCCCUUAAAUUAUUUACUCAAUUCCAAGCAAAACCACUGGAGGUAAAAAAAAAAAAAAAAAUUACCUCUGGAUUUUUUUUUCUGUAAGAGAAAGGAAAUGAAAAGAGCAGCUUUUGUCUU